AUGGAUACAAACGAGGAUGUCGGCCUUGAAGAGCGCUUGAAAUCUGCCCUUUGGUUAUCGAUUGGAAAGAUCGUAGACGAGGAAACAAUCAAGCUCGGCAUGAACGCCACACCGCAAUUUAUCGGUGCCUUGACCGAGCUCGUCUGGGUUCAGAUAGGAAUGGCACUGGUUACGCUCGUGGGAGCAAGGACGCAAAACGCCGCUUACGCCAUGACAUAUUCGGGGGCCUUGGAAAUUGUGGCUAAUGGACGUUAUCCGACAGAAACUGCGAGUCAGGAUCUCGAAUGCUUCGCGAAACACGCAGGCCGUUCGACGAUCAACGUAUCCGACGUGAUGAUGCUGGCACGCCGCAACGAAGGACUCGAGUCUAUUUUAAGAGCAUAUGUCGAUCGACAGCGCGAGCAGGAGAAAGAGGACUGA